GAAUUCGGUUUCAUGAAUUAAUUCAUAAUUGUGAUAUAUCUGAGUGUCCCGAACGUUUUUGAACGUUUUGAAUUCAAUUGUUCUUCAUGAGUGAAUCGUAAUGAUCGUGAUCAAACACGCACCCGUGCGACAUUUAUAACAUAUAUUAGAUACAAACAUGUUAAUAAGAUGGUUAUACGAUUUGUCAUGUAUUUUUCGGCAUGCAUCACAGCAUAAGUCACAUCGCUAGUAUGUAUUUACAUGCGAGCACGCACGUUCCUACGAGUGCUAUAUCAAGACAAAAUUUUGUCGUUUUUAAUAAUGAACAACGAUUACGUAACAUUUUAUCAAGCACAUGUACGAGCCAGAGAUACUUUAGAAUAACAUUUCUUCCACAACUUCAUUUAGACGUUUCGUCAAACGUUAGAGUCCAUGUACCAAAGCACGUGGUAUUAGCAAAUUGCACAAUGCAACAACAGUUACAAUCAGAGCCCAAAGACAUGACGGUAUGGAAUCCGUUUAAUAUUUUCCAUCCUGAACAUUGUGAUUAUGCUGUUCUUGUGUUGAAUCAACCUAUAUUAUUGAAGCCACAGCAAAUGCUUCCUAUUUGGGAGAAAGCUAAAAUCACCGUGAAUGUAGAUGGUGGAAUACAUAGAUGGCUGGAGUACUUGAAAGAAAUAGAGAUAGAUGUAUUAAAUAAUGAAUAUAGAAAAUAUGUACCUGAUCUUAUUACGGGAGAUAUGGAUAGUUGUUCAGAGACUGUGGUUGAGAAGUUAAGGAGUAUGGGUUCUACUGUUGUUAGAACACCUGACCAGAAUUAUACAGACUUCACUAAAGCAUUGGUGCAAAUUGAACAGUAUGCCAGAUUGAAAAAUAUAAAUUUGAAAGAAAUAUAUGCAUUUGUGGAAACAACAGGAAGAUUUGAUCAUAUCAUUGGAAACACAAAUACAUUAUACAAGAGUGAAAAGCUUGUGGGAAAUAUAAAGGUAAUACAGGUAGCAGCUAAUUCUCUUACAUGGAUAUUAAGAUGUGGUUUGCACAAGAUAAAUAUACCAGAGGAAUUGGUACAGUGCAAAUCUUGGUGCAGUUUAAUGCCUCUCGGACAUCCAGUCAAGCAUAUUUCAACGACUGGCUUGAAAUGGAACUUAAAUAAUGCACCCUUGAUAUUUGGUAAAAAAAUAAGCACGUCAAAUACAUAUGAUAGUUGUGAGGUGAUGGUCGAUACAGACACUCCUGUAACUUGGUCUAUGGGUAUCGAGCCACUUAUGGAGAUUGUAAACAAUCAUAGAGCAUCAUAACAUUGUCUUCAAGGUAGAUAAUGCACAAGAGCUUUGUAAUAGCUGUAUCUCUAUACUUAUAUACUUAUUUACUUAUGUAUUAGUAUAUACAUUCCUGUGCGGAUAAUAUUUUGUGAAAAAGAUUAUAUAAAAUUAUUUAUUGUUUACAAUUAGCGAAAGGUUAUACUAUAGA